ACGAUACACCUAAACGUUACCAAAUGUUAAACAAUACAUGUAUCGUACGGCUAGGCUCGCAAAAAAAGAAAGUAUUGAUCCCGUUAAGAGCGACAGAGAGUCAGAAAUUGAGAUAAUAGGAUACAGCCUAAAACUAGGCGAGUGUAAUUUCCAGUUAACCCACUUGGCACAGAGAAGUUCAGCCGACUAACCAAAGGCGGCCUUUCAACAUCGCUACGAAUAAGAUUAUAAAUAAGGGCUGCGCCAAGCAACGUAGGGAAGGGUGUUUAGAUUUUACUGGGAGUCAGAGAUGAUUUUAGCCCGUGUACUUGUAUUUAUUGCCUUCGUGGGCCUAAUCUGGGCCGCUGAGGGGGUAGUAUUGGUGGGCCAACGGAUUUCUACCUGGCCGGAGGGAUGGGAAACACCUAUUAAGCGGCUCGUUGCUUCCGAAUGAGAUUUGAAUUGGGCCAGGCCAAUCUCUUCGUCCUGCGUGACAAGGAUGGCCAUACUAUCUGCUGGGAUGCAAAUGGCGGCGAUGGGAGGUCCUUGGAUAAAUAGCUCGUGGAUGCGCAGCUAACUCAGCAGUAUCACUUCGACCACCAAAGCGAAAGGAUCGUCGCAGGAUGAGUGACUUCAGUAUCGAGUACAUUUUGAACCGAGCCGGCGACAGAUAUGUGGGCACCAAUGCCUCCUUGGGAGUCCUGCAGCGACUUCGUGCCAGCUUGCCCUUCCAUCCGUACGCCCACCCAGCAUCUUAUUCCUCGAAGGAGUCUGCAGGUUCUCCUCCAGUCUCUGCUGCAGAGGCUCAGAUUCCCGUCUACGACUGGCUGCAGUACACCCGCUACCAUCCGCCCAAGUUGCCCAGGGCCCUCCGCCACAAUGCUCCCGCAAAAAGAACUCCUGGUCGCCUGCCCCGCAUCCCAUUUACUCCGCAGCAGCUGCAGGCCUUGGAAAGUGCCUACAAGGAGUCCAACUACCUAAGCGCGGAGGACGCUAACAAACUAGCGGACUCCUUGGAGCUGACCAACACGCGGGUCAAGAUCUGGUUCCAGAACCGAAGGGCUCGCGAGCGACGGGAGAAACGCGAAAAGGACGAGAGCUGCGACUCCACCUUCUCAUCGAACGCUUCCAGUCCGGAACCGGAAAUGAUCGUUGUAUCUUGAGCUGGGGAAGGAUAUCCAAAUGGACUGUAACUGUUAGGAAUUUAGUGGCUUUCUGUAAAUAUAAUUCAUAUACCUAACAAUAAAAAUAAGAAUAAAGAACAAAUCGACAAUAU